CCCCCGGGGGGACCCCCCACCGGCCCUGACCGAGACACCCGAACCGACGACGACAAGCUGAGGGGAACCUGACGAGGAGAAGAAGCUGAGGAGGAGAAUCAGCUGAGGAGGAGGAAGAGGAGGAGGAGGAGACCCCGCGGCCCGGACGGCCCCCACGGCCGACCAGGUCAAGGGUGCUCUCCGAGGAUGUGACUCGGCCUUUCUCCUCUUCUGUUCCCGGCAGAGCGGCGGGAGAGAAAUCUUCCCUCGGGCGACAAAUCUUUUACCCGUCGGCAUCUACUCGGGGAUCAGUAACCCAAAUGUUUCUCUGUCCGGAGACCAGAUUUCAGCUUUGAAACCAGGAGUUUCUGUAGAAGCUUGGCAACCCCCAGCACCAUGUUCUGGAAGUUCGACCUGAACACCACAUCCCACGUGGACAAGCUGCUGGAGAAGGAGGACGUGACGCUGCACGAGCUGAUGGACGAAGAUGACAUCUUACAGGAGUGCAAGGCCCAGAACCGCAGGCUGCUGGACUUCCUGUGCCGGCAGCAGUGCAUGGAGGAGCUGGUCGGCCUCAUCACCCGGGAUCCUCCCCUGGACAUGGAGGAGAAAGUCCGCUUCAAAUAUCCGAACACAGCCUGUGAACUCCUGACCUCCGACGUGCCACAGAUCAAUGAUAAACUCGGCGGGGAUGAAACUCUACUGAAUAUCCUCUAUGACUUCUUGGAUCACGAGCCGCCCCUCAACCCUCUUCUAGCCAGCUUUUUCAGCAAGACCAUCGGCAACCUCAUUGCAAGGAAAACAGAGCAGGUGAUUGUGUUUUUGAAAAAGAAGGACAAGUUCAUCAGCCUGGUACUAAAGCACAUUGACACGUCGGCCAUGAUGGACCUUCUGCUUCGUCUCAUCAGCUGUGUGGAGCCCGCCAGCCUACGCCAGGAAGUGUUGAACUGGCUGAACGAGGAGAAGGUGAUCCAGAGACUGGUGGAGCUCAUCCAUUCCGACCAGGAUGAGGAUAGGCAAUCGAACGCUUCCCAGACCCUGUGUGACAUCAUCAGAUUGAGCCGAGACCAAAGCAGUCAGCUGCAAGAAACGUCUGAGCCCGACCCCCUCCUCGCCGCCCUGGAAUCACAGGGGUGUGUGGAGCAACUCCUGAAGAACAUGUUCGAUGGAGACCAGACGGAGAACUGCAUAGUGAACGGAACACAGAUUUUACUCACGUUACUAGAGACGAGGCGAUCUGGCAUGGAAGGGCUGGCGGAUACCUUCUCUCAGGGACCGGACAGGCCGUGUGCCGUCAGCAGCAGCGUCCUGCACGGCAUCGAGCCUCGGCUGAAAGACUUCCACCAGCUCCUGCUCCACCCCCCAAAGAGGCCGGCCAUCUUGACCACCAUCGGGGUGCUGGAGGAGCCCCUGGGGAACGCACGUCUGCACGGGGCCCGCCUGGUGGCCGCCCUCCUGCACACCGACACGCCCAGGAUCAACCAGGAGCUGUGCCGGCUCAACACAGUGGACCUUCUGCUGGACUUGUUCUUCAAAUACACAUGGAAUAACUUUUUGCAUUUCCAAGUGGAACUGUGCAUAGCGGCUAUCCUCUCCCACUCGGCCCGGGAAGGGAAGGCCACCAUCAUCAGCGAGUCAGAGAACAAAGAAGAGAUGCCAAAUGGCAACGUAGCCCCAGAGUCUGGCGACAGCACCGCAAACGUCAUGGUCACGCAUCUAUUCCAGAGGUGCUGCCUGGUGCAGAGGAUCCUGGAUGCCUGGGAGGCCAAUGACCAAGCACAGGCUGAAGGUGGAAUGAGGCGGGGAAACAUGGGUCACCUCACGCGGAUAGCCAACGCCGUGGUGCAGACUGUGGAGAAGGGGCCCAGGCAGGCCCAGAUCAGCGAGUUCAUUAAAGAGCUCCCCGAGGAUUGCCGCGGCAGGUGGGAGAGCUUUGUGGAAGAGACGCUGACUGAGACCAACCGGAGAAACACCGUCGACUUGGUGAGCACGCACCACCUGCACUCGUCGAGCGAAGAUGAGGACAUCGAGAGCGCUUUCCCCAAUGAGCUGUCACUGCAGCAGGCCUUCUCCGAGUACCAGAUCCAGCAGAUGACGGCCAACUUUGUGGAUCAGUUUGGCUUCAACGAUGAGGAGUUUGUAGACCAGGAUGACAACAUCAACGCCCCGUUCGACAGGAUUGCCGAGAUCAACUUCAGUGUAGAGGCGGACGACGACAGUCCCAAUGCAUCUCUGUUUGAAGCGUGCUGCAAUGACCAGAUCCAGCCCUUCGACGACAACGUGGAGGAGGAGGAGGCAGCGGCCGAGGAAGAGGAGGAGGAGGACAUCUGGGAUGACAAGGAGAUGAGCUAUACGGCCCAGGGAAAGUCCAGGACCAGGUUUGGAGCAUCACGGGCCUCGGAGAGCUCCUCCAAGAGCGACCUGGAGAACGGAGAUCGGGAAGGGAACGCUGACUCCGAGGAGGAGAGGGAGCCCCAGCGGCCAGCCUGUGUCCCAGCCAGGAAGGCCGGCGGUAGCCCGGGCCCUGCCACUGGGACGAAGGAGGCCGACUCCUCUGAAGGUUCUGGAUGGACAGCUGUGUUCGAUGAGCCGGUGAACUCCAAGCCCCCUCCCCCGUGCGUAGCGAUGGAUGUCGGCUCCAGCGUGUGGGAUGCCACGGCGCAGGAGAGUUCGGCCCCAGAAGAGAAAGGCUGGGCCAAGUUUACAGACUUCCAGCCGUUCUGCUGCUCAGAAUCAGGGCCCAGAUGCAGUUCUCCAGUGGAUACGAAAAACAGCAAAUCUGAGGCAAACCUCAAACAGAACCAGGAGGCCUGUCCCCGGGCACUCUCUUCCCCUGCCGUCAGCGCGGGCUCCCCGUGUGCCUGGAACGUGUGCGUGGCCAGAAAGGCACCUCUGGUGGCCUCGGACAGCAGCUCGUCCGGGGGUUCGGACAGCGACGAGGAGGAGGAAGACAAAGCCAGCACGGCCUCCGGCCGGGACGCUCCCCAGCCGUCCCGGAACACCGCCCAGCCGACCCCGGACGCCCACGGCGAGGCGGACGUUCUUUCCAGCCUGACCGUCCAGAAGCUGGCCGUGACCGACGUGGGAGGAGCCGGCGAGACCCCGCCGCUCAACAGCGUGGCCCAGCCCGCCCGGCCUUCGUCCAGCGCGGCGCCCCCGGCCGGCCCCGAGACGGGCACGAAAGGCAGGAAAGAGGCGGCCCAGCCGGCGCCGGAAGCCACGGUGAACGGCCCUGCUUGACGCCGCUGGGCCCACCCAGCCGGGCGGCUUCAUUUACCCAAGAAAACUACCUGGUGAUGCAGUUGUCUGUCUGGUUUUUUAAUUUUAAUUUUAUUUUGUAAUAAAUGCUGCAUUGAUAAA